UACCCUCAUGGAGAAGAGGAAGUGUGCGUGUGCGGCGGAGCGUCGGACUCUGUUUUUAUUUGUUGUUUUAAUCGUAAUGUUGAGCAGCUGUGAGCUGAAAGAAGAACACAUGGAGGAGAAUGUUUCGAACAACACGAAAAGCUGUUGGUGAUGUCCCCAUCCUAGGCAACAACUAAGACUCUCACCCAUCAUGGACUCCAAAAAGCCAAGUGUACUGAGGCAACUGCGCCUGCGUGUGCACCCUAAGCUGCCACAUUUCCGGCGAAACAAAGAGAUCAUUAACAAGCCAGUUGUCCAGCUGGAACGCACGAUGGACCAUCGGAUGAGCGCUUCAGUUCCGGAUAUGAGAGACAUGAAGCAUGAUUAUAGCCAGAUGUCUUCCAGUGUCCGCCAUCCUCAGUACAACAUGCCCGACUAUAGCGAUCACUCCAAUUCACUCUGUGAGCCGGACACAUAUCAGACAGAAGGGGGGAGCAGCCUGAAUAUGAAACUUGGUGGCUCAAAUAGGAAGGGUGAAGAAAGGCUGAGCAUGCCUGUAGACUACACGGACAGCGUUUCCUCCCAUGAAUCUCACAGUGAUGUUUGUGAGAAUGAGGAGGAGAUGGAGGAGGGCUCUUCAAACCAAAGACCUGCUUGGGAUAUCGAACCCGAGGAACUGGCCCUUCCAGAGAUGAUGACUAUCUACAGUCCAGAGCCCUUCACUGUGGAGGGUCCCCAGGAUGAUUCGCAGGGUGAGAUGGCCAAUGAGGGCGAGAGUGUGGCAGACAAAAUCGGGGAACUUCCCAGGUCAUUCCUGCUCACAGUCAACCUGAAGGAAGGACACAACCUCGUCAUUAGGGACCGCUGUGGGACCAGUGAUCCUUAUGUCAAAUUCAAAUUGGAGGGGAAAACAUUAUACAAAAGCAAAGUGAUUUAUAAAAGCCUCAACCCCAUAUGGAACGAGACCUUCUCACUGCCUGUGAAGGAUCUCAGCCAGAGACUCUACAUCAAGGUGUACGACCGUGAUUUGACAACUGAUGACUUCAUGGGUUCUGCCAGCGUCCUCCUGAGCAAUCUGGAAUUUGAUAAGAUCUGCAAGCUCUCUUUGGCCUUGGAUGACCCAAACAGCCUGGAGGAGGACAUGGGUGUUGUCGUGGUCGCCAUGAGUCUGUCACACAGAAAUGGCGAUAGCAAAAGAGGCAAUCGCUGGCACCGAAAACGAAGUUUUAGGUCUGCAGAUCUGAGUCAGAGCCUGCGCCUUUCGGAGACAUUAAAGAAGAGUCAGCUGUGGAGUGUUGUGGUGUCGGUGACUCUGGUGGAAGGUCAGGCGCUGCAGCUCGACAGUCAGGCUGGUCUGCUCUUUGUUCGCUUCAGACUGGGAGAGCAGAGAUACAGGAGCAAGAAUCAAUACAAAGUGACCAAUCCUCAGUGGAGAGAGCGGUUCAGCUUUAACCAGUUCUUGGACAGUACAGACAUCAUGGAAGUGGAGCUCUGGUCCAAAGAAGGACGAAAGACAGAAGAGUGUUUGGGAAUGUUUGAAGUGAACCUGUCCAGGAUCACUAUCGGACAACAGCAGCUCUUCACACACACUUUGGAGCACGGAAGAGGGCGGCUUGUCUUCUUAGUUGCGAGGAACUCCUGCAGUGGUGUCUCCAUCUCUGACCUUUGUGCGGCACCGCUUGACGAAGCUCAGGAGCGACAGGCACAGCUGCAAAAAUAUAGUUUAAAUGCUUCCCUGAAAAUCCUUCACGAUGUCGGCUUUCUUCAAAUCAAAGUUAUCAAGGCUACAGAUCUUCUGGCUGCAGAUUUAAACGGGAAGAGCGAUCCGUUCUGUGUGUUGGAACUUGUGAAUGACAGACUGCAAACCCACACGGUCUAUAAGAGCCUGUACCCAGAGUGGAAUAAAGUCUUCACCCUCCCUGUCAAAGACAUUCAUGAUGUUCUCAUGGUAACUAUAUUUGAUGAGGAUGGUGACAAGGCACCGGAUUUCCUGGGAAAAGUUGCUAUUCCACUUCUCUCGAUUCGCAAUGGACAACAGACCGAUUUCCUGCUUAAAAAAGAGGAUUUAGGUGGGCUAUCCAAGGGGAGCAUCACUCUGGAGCUGGAGGUUAUUUUUAACCCUAUCAAAGCAAGCAUAAAAACCUUCCAACCCAAGGAGAGAGGAUUCAUGGAGGAUAAUCCGAAGUUUUCCAAAAAGAUUCUGGCAAGAAACGUGCUGCGCGUGCAGACACUGUUCAAGGCCAUUAGGUCAACUCUGCAGUACAUCAAAAGCUGCUUCCAGUGGGAGAGCAUUCAGAGGAGCCUGCUGGCCUUCCUGGUGUUUGUGCUGACUGUGUGGCACUGGCAGUUUUACAUGCUCCCCUUCUUCCUGGUUCUGCUCAUCUUGUGGAACUACAUCCAUAUCUCCUCAGGUCCCGUCUCCCAUGAGCUGGACACCCUGGACUUGGCUGAUGAAGACGAAGAAGAUGAGAAGGAGUCUGAGAAGAAAGGACUGAUGGAGAGGUUCCACAUGAUCCAGGACAGUGUCAUCACUCUUCAAACCCUGCUGGAUGACAUUGCCUGCUUUGGAGAGAGGAUUAAAAACACAUUUAACUGGUCGGUGCCUUUCCUGUCCACUCUGGCAUUGAUGAUUUUCAUCACGGUAACGAUAAUCACGUACUUCAUCCCCAUACGCUACAUCGUUUUAUUAUGGGGUAUCAAUAAAUUCACCAAGAGAUUACGGAAACCACACGGCAUUGACAACAAUGAAGUGCUUGAUUUUCUGUCGCGAGUGCCUUCAGAUGUGCAGAAGGUUCAGUACAGUUUAAUAAAAAGCAGUGGCUCAGUGAGGAAGAAGAAGAGUUCAUAGCACAGGACGAAGUGUAAACGUAGCGUGACGUUGAAUUGGUUUGCGGUGUGUAUGAAUCUCAGCGCUUCGCCACCCGAACACCCUCCAGCCAAAGACGUCAGCACUAAGAACGUUUUAUUUUCCAACAGAUUUUACUGAUGGAACCCUAUGUGCUGUCCAUCACCUUGUAAAAUUAUUUCCAAAUAUAUUUUAGAUAUUUUAUUGUGUACAUAUUAUAUUCUAUCAAUUAUUAAUCAAAGGCUGCUUCAUUUGUACAUCUCAAGUCCCAGGGCUGAAUGUACAUAUUUCACAUGUUAAAUGUUAUGUAUAAUUUACAUAAUUCAAUGUCAGAUAUGAACACUUUUCAAAUUGUUUUUCAACCACUCUAAAAAACAAAAACGAACUUCUGAAAUCUCUGCUGGGAUUAACACAAAUCUCAUUGUGGGUCAUAAAAGUAAAAAUCAUUACAAAGGGUUUGCUUCUGCAUUUUAAAUGUCAAACAGUUUUAUAACACACACACACACACAACUGUAUCCCAUGACAGUAGCACAAUUUAUGGAUCACAUGAUGUAUUUUUAAAAUAAGGGUAGAAAGGGGUGAAGUGUUUGACGCAUGCAGUAGUGACUGAUUUUUUAUUUUCUUAUAAUAAUGCAUAAUUUGCAAUUUUUUAAAAGAUGACUGCUUUAUGCAUUUGCUACAAUUGGAACGGGGGACAUUUGUGUGCAUGUUAUUUAUUAAUGACAAUCACAGAUGAAGAAUUUGUGUCUGUUGCUUUAUAAUGGUAAUAAAAGCACUCGACCACA